GCAACUUUCGACCUGGCAACGCUACUCUUCACCAGUAUUUCCCGACGUGUCUACUUGCAGAAAGAUCGAAAACUAGUAACCAAUAUGGCCUCCAUUACGCAGUUUCUACUCUUAUCACUUCGGAUUUCGGUCGAGGCCGAAGAAGUCGUCAAUGAAGCUAUCACCAUGCUACGAGAACAAAAGAGCAUUCGGCAUUUGAAAUGGAGCAUGAUAUUACAAGAAGACAAUAAACUGUGUAUAUUUGUUGAAUGGGUCGAGAAAUCUGCACUGGACAGAUAUCUACAAUCUGACGCCUAUCGGCGACUACUAGAAUUCAUGAAUUCUCAAACCACUGAACCCAUCACUUCUCAUAGUGUCGUAUUUGGCUCAUACGGCACUGCAGUACUUGAUAACAAAGGUGGCCAUGGUACAUCACCUGUAGCAGAGGUACUCUACAUGUAUUUUGGUGGUGUUCAAAACGAAUCUGAGAACUUUCAAGAUACCGCAACUGCAACCGUUCAACAAUUUCUAAAAGAAAUCGGCCAAACCGCAACUGGAAUGACAGGAGAAUCUUCAAUCGGUUGGAUGCUGGAUGAAGUUGCAUUCAAGGGCGAGAUGUGCAGGACUUGUGUUUUGGUUGUCGGGUGGCAGAGCGUUGAAAGCCAGCUAGAGUUUUUGGCUUCGAAGGAUUUCAGCAGCGCUCUUCCCAUUAUUGCCAGCAUGCAAGGAUUCAGAGGUGCACACAAAACCUUCGUUUCCAAUCAUACCAUACACUUCUCAUAG